UAAUGGACCUAUUCAAACACCUUUCAAUCAAAUCAUGGUAUAUAAAGUAGAGAAAAUGAAAUCUAUGAUCAUUCCUGUAACAGCAGCAGCCAAGAUAUUUAUAAUCAUGGUAGGGUUUACCCGUUUCUCAUGACUUUUUUCAUAUUUGCUUUAACAAUUAGUGUGAAUUCGUAGUUUUCGUUAAAAACCCAAAAAAAAUAAAUAAAUAUUGUUUUGUUGGUUUAAAAUUAAACGGAUAUUUGCAGAUAAGAUUAUCACUUCUGCUGUUUCAAACAUGUGCCGCGGCUCUGAUCACUAUACAACUAUCAAUUCCAACAAAUGCUUUCAAAAAAACAUCCAAUAUUGAUGAGUUUAUGGUUCAAAAUCAGAGAACCCGUAUGAGACAAAACUAUGUUCUACAAAGAGCUUUAAACAAUGACAUGGACGAUGCUGAAUUAGGAGUAACAUAUGUCACUGAGCCUUUCGCCCCUAAUGCUAAUACUGAAGAAUUACCAGCAUUUAUAGUAGACUACGCCAAUAUGAUAAGAAACGAUAUUAUUUUAUUAGACAAUUCCGUCGAAACAAGGACCAGGAGAGGAAAUAUUAAAAGGGAGCAAUAUGGUCAAGGAGAUGGAAAAGAUAUACCUUGUAGUUGUGAAGAGGAAACCAAGAAACCAAUAAUUUUGGGUGACGAUUAUUUUCCUCGCUCCAUCGAAACCAGAAUCUGCAAUAAAAGCAUGUGCCCCUCACCUUAUGGUUGCCACAAACGUGUUCAUAACAUAACUGUAUUAAAAAGAAAGCGAAAUACUGACGAGGAAUCUCAAGAUGAACUACCCGACGAUCUCAUGAAGAGAUGGGUCGCCGUGAAAAAACUCGUAACUGUCGGAUGUAUGUGCAUUAGAGACUACACUGACUAAAAUAACAAUUGACAAUCUCUAACGAUUAGAUUAUGGAAGAUCACGUUCUAAAAGAUCAUGCAGAAUGUGAAUCAU